ACUUGUUUGUACCCUGAGUGGACAAUUUGAGGACUAGAUCUGAUAAGCAGCAGAUUUAUUAUUUUUCUUAUAGCAUAUUAUACUUAAAAAAAGGAACAUACACAUAUACACAUAUAUAUUCAUUGAAGAUGCAAGACGAAGAAAGAUACAUGACAUUGAAUUUACAAUUGAAGAAAAGGAGUUCUAGCCAAAUAUUCCAACUUAAACAUAAAGAUUGUUCUGUGAUGUUGCACUGGUAUAAAGUCUUAUUGGGAAUAUCUGGAACAGUAAAUGGCAUUCUGCUCUUGACUUUGAUCUCCCUGUCCUUACUGGUUUCUCAGGGAGUAUUGCUAAAAUGCCAAGAAGGAAAGAAUUCAAAUAUCACCCAACAUGAUGAUAUUGGAAACCUGGAAACGAAUAGUGGCACAAGAGGAAAUAUAAAUAAUAAGGACACAAGCCUUUGUGGUUCAAAAGCUACAGACCAUAUAGGGUUGUGCCCAUCGGAAUGGCUCAAAUAUCAAGAAAAGUGUUAUUGGUUCUCUAAUGAGAUGAAAAGUUGGAGUGACAGUUAUGGUUAUUGUUUGGAAAGAAAAUCUCAUUUACCAAUCAUUCAGGACCAACUUGAAAUGGCUUUUAUACAGAAAAACCUAAAACAAUCAAACUAUGUGUGGAUUGGACUUAACUUUACAUCCCUGGUGAGGACAUGGACCUGGGUGGAUGGUUCUUCAUUAGAUUCAAAUAUAUUCGUCAUAAAGGGGCCAGCUAAAGAAGAUAGCUGUGCUGCCACCAAGGAAAACAAAAUUUAUUCUGAAACCUGCAGCAGUGUUUUCAAAUGGAUUUGUCAAUCAAUCAAUAAGCAAUGAUCAAAGUUUUUGCCUAUUAGGUUUUAAUAUUAAUCUUAAUGAGUAAGAAGUUAAAACUACCAAAAAAAUAGAACUGCAAUUAAACAGCAAAUAUCUUCUCCAUUUUCCCUCCAUUAUCUACAUUGGUCCUAACCUUAGAGUAACCCAUCCAAACAAUCUAAAAUACUUCCUUCCAAAGUUUUAUGAGGUAAUAUAAUUCAGUGUGAGUCCAUACAUUUGCACUCAGGAUUUUUAUUCAUUUUUAUUUUACAACAAAUGUGAUCAAAUAUAUCUACUUUUCUGUACUGUGCUUAUUUAAUUUGUAACAAUAUUCUAUGCAAAUUUUGUAUAAUUCUGAAUUGCAUUAUAGUGUGGAUUUAUACAUCUUUUUACUGCUUUGUUGAUGAGCAUUAACUUUGUUCUCAGGUUUUCCUACUAUAAACUAUGCUGCAAUAAACAUUCUGAAUAUCUUUUUAAAAAGUAGCACCUUUUAUUUCUU